UGUUGCGUUGUUUCUCACCCGGGGCGUCUCUUGGUUGGCCUGCAAUUUCCGCAAAGCGGAGCGGCAGUUUGAGGAUCGCGGCCAGGAUGGCUCUGCGCUCUGCGCCCCUUUUGCUCCUGGUGUUGGUGACGGUCGCCCUGCGGGAGAGCUGCUUCGGUGCCUCCUCCCACUCCCUGAAGUAUUUCUCCACCGCCAUCAAGGACUCCGGUCAGGGACAGCCCCAUUUUGUCGCUGUGGGGUAUGUGGAUGGUCAGGUCUUUGUUCGUUAUGAUAGCAACAGCCGAAGGAUGACACCUCAAGUCUCCUGGAUGGAGAAGGUGGGGAAGGACAACCCCCAAUACUGGAACACUCAGACCCAGGGAGUACGUGACAGUGAGGAGAUAUUUAGAGAAAACCUGGAGAUUCUGAGGAGUCGCUACAAUCAGAGCAAAGGCCUCCACACACUGCAGAGGAUGUUUGGCUGUGAAGUCUGUGCAGACGGGACCAAAGGAGGGUUUGAACAGCAUGGCUAUGAUGGGAGGACCUUCCUCACCUUCGACCCAGAGACCCUCACCUGGGUGGCUCCCGACCCCCAGGCCCAGAUCACCCAGAGGAAAUGGGAUGCUCUUCCAGGAAAGAACCAGAGAGACAAGGCCUACCUGGAGGAAAUCUGUAUUGAGUGGCUGGAGAAGUACCUGUCCUAUGGAAAUGAGACACUGCAGAGGACAGAGACCCCAAAGGUGACGGUGAGCAGAAGGAUGGAGGAGGAGGAUGGGAUGGAAAUGCAUGUCUGCCGCUUGGAUGGCUUCUACCCCAGGGAGAUCGAUGCCUCCUGGAUGAGGGACGGGGAGGUCUGGCUGCAGGACACCCUCCAUGCGUCUGUGGCCCCCAAUGCUGAUGGGACCUACCACUACUGGAUCAGUGUCAAGAUCGAUCCCAAAGAGAGAGACCGCUAUCGAUGCCACGUGGAACAUGACAGCCUGCAGGAGCCUCUGGACUUGGAACUGAAGGAACCAACCAAUUCAAAAUCCAACCUGGGGCUCAUCAUUGGCUGCGUAAUGGCUGUACUUACCGUGAUUGUGAUUGUUGGGAUUUUGGCUUUUAUUUACUUUUGCAAGAGACGUCAAGUUGGCUACAAAGCAGCACCAACAAAUAACAGAGGAUCCAGCAGUUCAGAUGACGAUUUAUGUUCAACAAGUGACAUAAAAUCCAGCAGUUCAGACCAAGGGAGCAACCAGGCUGUUUAGCAGCCACUUUGCAGGGGACACACCAGAAUGAGGAGAGAGGAGAGAAAAUGGGAUCGACCUUCUUCUGAAUUAGGCCAGAUUCUUAGCAGGAGCCCUUCAGGCCGUUCCUGCAUGCUGGAACCAGGAUAGAUUUUGGGCCUUUCAUCACUGCUUUUAUCACUGAAUCAGUAACCUUUUUUUUAUGGUGAUUGAGGAGCAGGGGAAAAAGAAUAUGCUAUGUGUUAUUAAGUGUGGGAUCAAAAGAUUUCAAAUUGGAUUUCAUAGAUAAUAGUUUAUAAUAGUUAGCUUGCAUAACAAUGGGCUUAAUGGGCUUUUGCUGAUUAAUCUGAGUGGAUGGAGAUUAGAGGUUAAAGAUGAGGUUUUAGAGAUGGGUUUAUAGAGAAUGAGGAAUAGGAUGAAGAGUUCAUUGGUUUUACUUUAAGAAACACUGAUAAGUUGUUAAUUUUCAUUACGCUUGUUGCAGAUAAAGGUGGGAGUUUCUUUUUCUUUGUUUCCUUGUGUUAGUUUUAUCUGUUUAAUGUAAUAUUCAAUGAAACUAUUACUAAGAGAAGUGUGCAUUUUGAGAUUUUUUUCAUUAAAAUAGUUGAUGCAUUUUUAACUGAUUAUUGCAGUUAUUUGACCAUAUAUUUGAUAACACAAAGUUUGACAAAUAAUAUACCGUUGUAACAAUCAACACUGAUUUUUAAUAGCUUGCCAUUUAUGGAUUUUCAUGAUUUAGAAAAAUGGAACAGGAGAUCAAUUGCAGUCAGGCUGCUACCUCCUUAACAAUGGGACAUAUUUUGUAAGUUUGCCAAAAUUGUUUGCUGAAAAUAAAUGAUUUCUUUUCCUCUUA